AUGGAUAUAAAGAAGGAGCUUGGGAAUGAUACUGCAAAAGAAAAGAAGAAAGAAACGGAAUCUAUUCCAAGACCUAAGAUCAAGGACAGCUUUCGCUCAUAUUUUAUCCCUCUGAAAAACAGUAAUAGCCAGAACAAUGUAGAAGUCUCAGAAGCGAGUCCAAAUGUCACCAACGACGACGAAGAAGUUUUGCCACUUAAUGGACCUAAUUUAAGAUGGUACUUUGAAAAAGGAGUAAAUGCUUUAGCUAAUGUAGCGAGGACAGAAGCACGCAUGAACAAUCAAGUUGUCUUCGAAGAUUCCAAAAGAAAAGGGCUUGUACGUGGGGGUGUUACUGGUAAUCUGUCUGAAAAUAUUGAGUUGUUGCUCGAAAAGCUAAGUGCUGUAGGAUCAAAUAAUCAACAAUCUCACACAAGAUUUUUAAUGGAUAAUGGGUACAUUGUUCCUACUCAAAAACUGGCUGAAAUGUACAAAGAAAUAAAAUCACUAAAGGAGUCUACACGCAUCGAAUCAUCGCGCAUGAUAGAGAUUUUGUCCAAGCAUCUACAUGUAAAUGUAGCGCAAGUCUAUAUUGGAGGGAGAUGCUAUACGACUGAAAAUCAUGGCAAAGCGGUAAUGAAAUUGCUGGAUUCCGUUCAAGGUAUUGAAAUAUUGGACGAAAGCAUCGUAAAUAGGAAGGUCGAAGAAGCAAUUGGGGAUAGUUAUGAGACAACAAUGGAUGAUUAUCUUGACAGCAAACGUGAUCGUGAUACAUUAAAAGCGGUACUGACAAAAAUCACUAGCAUUAAUUUCAUUGCCAACAUAGCUAAUGUUCAAGACAAAAGAACUUUUAAACAAUCGAGAGACAUUGUUACAAAAAAUUUGCAGGUUUUCGAAGAGAUGAAAAUAGAAGUAGAUGAUUUGGAGACUUCGUUAUCUGGUGAGGCGUUACGGAAAAAAACCCAGAACAUUACAAACAAUGAAAUUAAACAACCUACGCCAUGUAUUUAAAGGAAGAGGAAGAGAGCUCAAAUGUGAACAACUUCCUGAUCUCGCAGCUAUUCUUGAGUAUGCUUUUGGGGAAGCAGAUCGGAUAAACCGAGCACGGGGGAGGUUUGGAAAGCCACCCUAGACUUAUCGAUACAGUUCUAUAUCGCGCUACUGACAGCAACACUGUGAUGAAAAAUGCACGGGAGACAAUUUAACGUUGGCGCCAAAAGGAUUCGACAUAUGCCUCUCUUCCUGUUAUAAUUAUACUCAGAAUUUUAGACAGGGGACCUAUCAGGCCAAACGUCACCAUUCUGGCAAGGGAAUAAAUGCCUGCAUAUCUCUUCACAAGCCCCCGCGUACUGGAGUGGAACAAUUUGUUGUUAAUCUUCAUUGGUCUACGCAAAACGUGAAUCUAACUUUGGACUAUGCGAAUAAAUUUCCGGAAAAUGUGGUUGUUGAUUCAAAAGAUGCGAAAGCCAAAAUUCAAGCCGAUGUAGCUUCAGUACAAAAAACUGGGAAAACAUGGAAGAAAAUUACACUUCCAGAUCAUGACUGGAGUAGGACUACAUACAACUCAGUGACCCCAAUGACACAUCUCUGUCUGAACACAGACUUAGCUUUAGAAGAUAACGCAGAUAAUAAGUAUAUCUAUGGUGUUAGAAGAGCAGGGAAGGCAUCAACCUUAUUAAGCCUGUCGUAUUUUGAGCCACAGACUGGGCAAAGAGUCUACAACGAGCUUUUCCUAUUGCUGAUUAAUCCCGCGCUUGACGAAUGCUUUCGAAAUCCCAAAACUGGUAGGUUAAAAGAGCAUUUCGUAUUCAUUGUGGAUAACGGACCAUCAGAGGCACUAUCCAGCCAAUUAGUCAGAAUGUGGUUGGCACGAAUUUCUAGAGUUCUCAAGUUAAAAUCGGUAACACAGAAAUCAUUUGCUGAAUACCACAGUAAGCGUAACCCAGUAGAGCGAGUACACGCUGUUCACAACCGUGCAUUAUCAAACGAGGAAUUCUCAAGCAAAGGAAUUCACAAACAUUUUGAAAUUGGAGACGAAUAUCAUCUUGAAAACAUGGAACAUAUGGCAAAGGAGGUAGAACAAUGUUUAGCUACCACACAAUAUGGCGGAAAAUCUUGUGUUGUUCAACGUGGACUCGGAAAACAGGAUAAUUUUGUUUUUGAUGACGAAUUGCAGAUUGUGACAUUCCUUGGUAAGAACGAGUGUCAAAAGAACUUGGACGAUAAUUUGUACAAACCAAUUCAAAAUGACCUUUGGAAAGAAAUUACUAUGCUGUGGGAUCUUGACGAAAAUAUGACAGGAAGUUAUCGGAACGACUACCAAAUAUUACAAAAUGCUUUCCACGAAGAAGCUGAUCGUACUUGUUGGACAGGUAAGUAUUCUACAACAAUUUUUAACCCAGAUUUUCAACAUACUGCAGCAGACAUGAACGCGCAUACAAUGCAAUCAAUCCCAGACUACAUACGAUGCUUACAUACAGCUGGAGAAAUGCAUUACCUGCCGUUAUAAAAAAUGGAAAAACUCGAUACUGAUGUAGUGGAUGAAACACCGGGAGCAUUCCUUCCGUCCAGGAUACUCGAAUUAGCCAUUAAAGUUUUUUCGUCAUGGAUUGGACCAAGUGUUGUCAAGCCUUUGUGUCCUUUGCUGACGUUCCGAGGAGGAGAUAAAAAGAUUCGAAGAUGAAUUCCGAAACAAACUAGACACGUCAUUUACAAACGAGAAAGAGAGAGCGUAUUGGUCACAAGAUGAUUUAUAUAAGAAAAACGACAAAGCAAAGCUACAAUCACUGUGUAAGAAGAAUGGUAUAAGUUCUGAUGGGAUAAAACAUGAGUGCGUGAAACGCUUAGUUAAAAAAUUGAAUAGAAACCCACCUCCCGCUCUUGAGAAAUGUGAUGGUAAACUCUUCUCUUUACCGAAUUAUGUAACGGAAAUUGCCAAAUUUUCUGUUUACAAGCUUCGUGAAAUCUUACGAUUCCAUAACAUAUUGGAUUGUGGCACCAAAGGCGAACUCGCUAUUAGAGUGGGAACAUUAAGAGCAGGAAGAACUCAUUUGGUUUUUCAGAAUGAGAUCCAUGCAAUUCAAGAUAUUAUAAACGCGACGAAAACACUAAUAAGGAGACAGAAAGAACAUCACCUGGCAGAUCCUGUGGUUAUUCAUAGAAUCAGAAAGUUCUUAACACCAACCACUGCAUCUCUGAAUAUGAUACGUCCAAGAGACAGUGCAUCGGCAUCCGCCAAACAGAAUGGAAAACGUUUGGAAGUUCCGGAAGAGGUAACGUUAGAGACCUUGGAUGAUGUUUUUAGACCCAUAGAAGAUGAACUUUUGGUUUAUAUUGGCGUAGACAGUGUGGAAAAUGCACCUGAAAUUGUUGCAGGACUUUUGGAUGCCAUUCAAACUGUUGGUGUAAGGAUAUUAGCACGGUGGAGAAAAGAAGAAAUUGGUGAUUCAGGAUGGAAAACUGGUAAAUUCUAAACAAUAAUUGACUUAUUAUGAAAUUAUUAUAAAUGUUUACUCUGUCAAUAUUUUUGAUAGGUUG